GACAGGUGUGAUUACGUCUACGUCAAUGGCAAAGAGAUGAGAGGACGAGUCAGAAUGCUGGUGAACUUCACAUACGGUUAUCUGAGGGCUCAGUUGGAGGUGAAGGUCUGGAUUCCCAAACUGCCUCUGCACAUUGAAGUUUCAGAUACUGAACUCAAUCAGAUCAAAGGCUGGAGGAUUCCUGUAAACAGUAAUGCCCAGAGGUCGACACGGGACAGUGAAGAUGACGAUGACGAAGAGCGGAGAGGAAAGACGUGUACUCUACAGUACCAGAGGGCCAUGGUGCGUGUGCUCACACACUUUGUGGCCGAAUCCUCUGAGACACGUGGUCAGCUGGCCCACAUGCUAGGCAGUGAUUGGCAGGUGGAUAUUACGGAGCUGGUCUGGGACUUCUUGAAAGUAGAGAAUCCCCGAAUCGCCAGGCUGAGAGAGGGACGUGUUUUGGAGGGCAUGGACACAGGCAUGACCAGCAUUCAGGUUCUGUCUCCGCUGUCAGACUCUAUCCUGGCAGAGAAGACGGUGAGGGUUGUGGAUGAACGAGUGACCAUCACUGAACUGGGGCUGCAGUUGGUCAGUGGUCUCACACUCAGCCUGCAGCUCAGCACAGGAAGUAACCGAGCCAUCAGCGCCACGGCAACCACACAGGAAGUGCUCAGCAAUCCUAAACAGGAGGCGCUGAUCAGUGCUUGGCUGCAGUUCAGUGACGGCUCCAUGGCUCCUCUGGACCUGUACAACCCAGAGCACUUUGUCCUGACCGCUACUUCUCUGGACGAGGAUGUGGUGUCCAUACGGCAGGACGCUGCGAGCCAGUGGCCGGUUAUUUCAGCGCGAGCCGAGGGACAAGGCCUGCUAGUGCACGUAGAAAUGACGCUGUGUGAAGCGUGUCAGAAAUUUAAGCGCCGAAGUGUCCUAGCGGCCGGAAACUGCAACAUCCGUGUGAAGUUUGGGCGCAGCGAAAGCGCCUUGAGGCCGGGUGACUACGGCCAAGACGGAGAGGACAUGGACAACAGACCAGGUGACCACAGACAGAACCCGUCCCUCCCGGACAGGACCGGAAUGGACAACCACUACUAUGGAAGCUCCAUCUCAGACAUAGAGGACGGCAUCAUGAGACGAAUCACCACCACCACCAAAACAGCCAUCAUCAGAAGACCAGGUGGAGACAAGCUCUCGGACGACGGGAGCCAGUUGCCUGGCAUUCCGAUCGACUUCUCGGACUUCCCCGCUCAAGUGGACCUUCCCCGAGGACACAACGUGGACGAAGACGACAUUCAAAUACCUCAUGGACUUACUGACCUUGAAAUUGGGAUGUACGCGUUGUUAGGUGUCUUUUGCUUGGCUAUUCUGGUCUUCCUCAUCAAUUGCAUCUCAUACACUCUCAAGUACCAACACAAGGAGAUGUCGAUCGAGGGCCAGGAGAGCAUGAACCACGCUCACGACUGGGUGUGGCUGGGAAACGACGCCGAACUUCUGGAGAGCCACGUGAGUUUGUCUCCGCAGAGCGACGAGCACAUCACCAUCAUGGACUCCAGCUUAGGAGGGUUAGAAGAAGGGAGCCACCUUCUCAACGGCGGUUCUGUGCAGAAGAACGUCCAAGGCCAGGUGCACAGAGGAGCCGACACCGCCACAGUCUGCACGGGGAAAGACAGCAAAGGCGAUUCGCCAACGACCAAAAGGAAACGUGUGAAGUUUUCCACGUUCACCACCAUCCCGGUGGAAAGCGUUAGUCCCGCGAAGGAAAAUUUGGGAGUCGAUCCUGACGAUGACAUUAAGUGGGUGUGUCAGGACGUCGAGCUUGGCGACUCCAAGGAGCUACGGAACUACAUGGAAAGACUAAACGACAGCGUUUUAAAGGAAGUGGCUUAGUCGAAUCAAUGUGUGCUAACCGAACUCACCCAUAUGCCUUUGGAAAAGAGACAGGGAACAACCGCUACAUAAACCUUACUGAACACAACACUUCAGCCAUUACAUAAAGGAUGUCUAGCGUUCUUGUGGUUUGACAUGACAACAGUGGGACAAUGUUAAGACUUUUUAAAAGAUGAAUCAAAUCAAAAUUUUUUGUAUCUUCAUUUAUAUUGUGUUCUCUCCUCAUUUUUUUUUAAAUGAUUUUAUUUUAGCACCUUUUGUAGUUUAAAUAAAAAAACGAAACCGUAUUUCCAGGCUUGCCAAUGCUCUGCUCUCACUUAUGAGGCUACAGGACUGUACGCAGAUGGUGACGUGUAGAUUAAGGACUGUAAUAUUAAUGAAUCAUUGUAAAUAAAGUGCACAUAGAAUGG